AUGGAACAUUUCUGCCUCUCUUCUGCAGGUUUUGGAAGGAAGGAUGUUGUAGAACACUUGCUGCAGAUGGGUGCUAAUGUCCACGCUCGUGAUGAUGGGGGUCUUAUCCCACUUCACAAUGCCUGUUCUUUCGGCCAUGCUGAGGUUGUUAGUCUGUUACUGUGCCAAGGAGCAGAUCCGAAUGCCAGAGAUAACUGGAACUAUACACCCCUGCAUGAAGCUGCCAUUAAAGGGAAAAUUGAUGUCUGUAUUGUGCUGCUGCAGCACGGAGCGGAUCCAAACAUUCGGAACACUGAUGGGAAAUCAGCUCUGGACCUGGCAGAUCCUUCAGCAAAAGCUGUCCUCACAGGUGAAUACAAAAAAGACGAACUCCUGGAAGCUGCUAGGAGUGGUAAUGAAGAAAAACUAAUGGCUUUACUGACUCCUCUCAAUGUGAAUUGCCAUGCAAGUGAUGGGCGGAAGUCUACUCCAUUACACCUGGCAGCAGGCUACAACAGAGUUCGGAUAGUUCAGCUGCUUCUGCAGCACGGUGCUGACGUUCACGCGAAAGACAAAGGCGGACUUGUACCUCUUCAUAAUGCAUGCUCAUAUGGACAUUAUGAGGUCACAGAACUGCUGUUAAAGCACGGAGCUUGUGUUAAUGCCAUGGAUCUGUGGCAGUUCACGCCACUCCAUGAAGCUGCCUCUAAGAACCGUGUAGAAGUCUGUUCUUUGUUACUGAGCCAUGGUGCUGACCCCACCUUGGUCAACUGCCAUGGCAAAAGCGCAGUCGAUAUGGCUCCAACCCCUGAGCUCCGGGAAAGACUGACUUAUGAAUUUAAAGGCCACUCUUUACUACAAGCUGCCAGAGAAGCAGACCUGGCCAAAGUUAAAAAAACUCUUGCUUUGGAAAUUAUUAACUUCAAGCAGCCACAGUCUCACGAAACAGCACUGCACUGUGCUGUGGCCUCCUUGCAUCCCAAACGAAAGCAGGUAGCAGAACUGUUACUUAGGAAAGGAGCCAAUGUCAACGAAAAAAACAAGGAUUUCAUGACCCCUUUGCAUGUCGCAGCUGAAAGAGCUCACAAUGACGUCAUGGAAGUUCUGCAUAAGCAUGGAGCAAAGAUGAAUGCACUCGACAGCCUUGGUCAGACUGCACUGCACAGAGCUGCCUUAGCGGGCCACCUGCAGACCUGCCGUCUCCUGCUGAGCUACGGCUCUGACCCCUCCAUCAUCUCCCUGCAAGGCUUCACAGCAGCGCAGAUGGGGAACGAAGCGGUGCAGCAGAUUCUGAGUGAGAGCACUCCUAUCCGCACUUCCGAUGUGGACUAUCGACUCUUGGAAGCAUCAAAAGCUGGUGACUUAGAAACUGUGAAGCAACUGUGCAGCCCGCAGAAUGUGAACUGCAGAGAUCUGGAGGGCCGGCAUUCCACGCCUUUACACUUCGCUGCAGGCUAUAACAGGGUGUCUGUUGUGGAGUACCUUCUGCACCACGGAGCUGACGUCCACGCCAAAGACAAAGGCGGCUUGGUUCCCCUUCAUAAUGCCUGCUCCUAUGGACACUAUGAGGUAGCUGAGCUCUUGGUGAGGCAUGGGGCCUCUGUCAAUGUGGCGGACUUGUGGAAAUUUACUCCUCUCCAUGAAGCAGCAGCCAAGGGAAAAUACGAAAUCUGCAAGCUCCUUCUAAAACAUGGAGCAGAUCCAACUAAGAAGAACAGAGAUGGAAAUACACCUCUAGAUCUGGUCAAAGAAGGAGACACAGAUAUUCAGGACCUACUGAGGGGGGAUGCUGCCCUCUUGGAUGCUGCCAAGAAGGGCUGCCUGGCCAGAGUGCAGAAGCUUUGUACUCCAGAGAAUAUCAACUGCAGGGACACCCAGGGCAGAAACUCAACUCCUCUCCACCUGGCAGCAGGCUACAAUAACCUGGAAGUAGCUGAGUACCUUCUGGAGCAUGGCGCAGACGUUAAUGCCCAGGACAAAGGAGGCUUGAUUCCACUUCACAAUGCAGCGUCUUAUGGGCAUGUUGACAUAGCAGCAUUACUGAUAAAAUACAACACAUGUGUAAAUGCAACGGAUAAGUGGGCCUUUACGCCCCUUCAUGAAGCAGCCCAGAAAGGAAGGACACAGUUAUGUGCCCUACUCCUAGCACAUGGCGCAGACCCAACCAUGAAGAACCAAGAAGGUCAGACACCUUUAGAUCUGGCAACGGCUGAUGAUAUCCGAGCUUUGCUGAUAGAUGCCAUGCCCCCGGAGGCCUUACCUACCUGUUUUAAACCUCAGGCGACUGUAGUUAGUGCCUCUCUGAUCUCGCCAGUGUCCACCCCCUCCUGCCUCUCAGCUGCCAGCAGCAUAGACAACCUCACUGGCCCCUUAGCAGAGCUGGCUGUAGGAGGGGCCUCCAAUGCAGGGGACGGUGCCGCAGGCGCAGAAAGGAAGGAAGGAGAAGUUGCGGGUCUUGACAUGAAUAUCAGCCAAUUCCUUAAAAGCCUUGGCCUUGAACACCUUCGGGAUAUCUUUGAAACAGAACAGAUUACACUAGAUGUGUUGGCUGAUAUGGGUCAUGAAGAACUCAAAGAAAUAGGCAUCAAUGCAUAUGGACACCGCCACAAGUUAAUCAAGGGCGUGGAAAGACUUUUAGGUGGACAACAAGGAACCAAUCCGUAUUUGACUUUUCACUGUGUGAAUCAGGGAACUAUUUUGCUAGAUCUUGCUCCAGAAGAUAAAGAAUAUCAGUCAGUAGAAGAAGAGAUGCAAAGUACUAUUCGAGAACACAGAGAUGGUGGCAAUGCUGGUGGCAUCUUCAACAGAUACAAUGUCAUUCGAAUUCAGAAAGUUGUGAAUAAGAAGCUGAGGGAGCGAUUCUGUCACAGACAAAAGGAAGUGUCUGAGGAGAAUCACAACCAUCACAAUGAACGCAUGCUGUUCCACGGUUCUCCCUUUAUUAAUGCAAUUAUUCAUAAAGGGUUUGAUGAGCGACAUGCAUACAUUGGAGGGAUGUUUGGAGCUGGAAUUUACUUUGCCGAAAACUCUUCAAAAAGCAACCAGUAUGUUUAUGGAAUUGGAGGAGGAACAGGCUGUCCCACACACAAAGACAGGUCAUGUUAUAUAUGUCACAGACAAAUGCUUUUCUGUAGAGUGACUCUUGGCAAGUCCUUUCUGCAGUUUAGCACCAUGAAAAUGGCCCAUGCGCCUCCAGGACACCACUCCGUUAUUGGUAGACCGAGUGUCAAUGGGCUGGCGUAUGCUGAAUAUGUCAUCUACAGAGGAGAACAGGCAUAUCCGGAAUAUCUCAUCACCUACCAGAUCAUGAAGCCGGAAGCCCCUUCACAGACCGCAACGGCCGCAGAGCAGAAGACCUAGUGAUUGCCCCUGCUAAAGGCCAGAGUGAUUCAGACCUGCGACUGGAUUACAGUGGAUUGCUUCCAACAACAACAAAAAAAAAAAAACAAUUCUCUAAACCCCAACAGCCAAGAAAUGAGCUGUUUGUCUUUCAUAAAGUGUUGCUAGAGUGAUGAUGCGGCGUGAGUGACUGAGCACGCUGCCACGGCUCCAUCUGAGGAAAUGUUCACUGCAGCCUUGACAGGUCUCGGGCUCAUUUUCGUGGCAGUUACCCAUUUGUAAAGCAAGACACUUUGUUGGAGAUGUAGAAACGGGAAAAGAGAAUAUGCCGGCGAACAUGUUCUUGGUUCACACACUACAUUUUCUUUGUUGUGUUUGGCACAUUUAUAGCAGAUAGACACUUGUGGUGGGCUCAUUUUUAAUUUUGCCAAACAUACAUUGUUGUUGUUUGUUGUUGUUGUUGUUACUUUGAAAAUGAGCCAGAGUCUUCCUGGGAUCUUUUGCACAGAGUCACACUGACUAAAAUUAUUAGCAAUGCAACCAGAGCUUCUGGCCAAGCAAGACACUGUUCCCACGUCCCUAUUGUUUUGUAUCUCUGCUUCUUGUGAACAUAAAGGAAAAGCAUCAAGAUUUACUUUCCUUUCAUGAAGUGGCACAUCUUAAAAGGCAGGGUACAAACAUCUCUUUGGCCUAGAAAGUCAGAGCCUGGUGAGCCAUUUUCUCUUUGUAGUCUGCAGGGUUCGCAGGAGCAUGCUACAGAUGCCAAAAGAGCGCUGCCAUCCGAGUUCUACGGCAGUUGUGGCUUCUCUUUCCUGGUGAAAUGACUAAAGAGCUGGGAGGGAAGACCCCGGUAAGGAGGAGGGGGAGUGGAUGUCUCAGUAAAUACUUCAUUAUCUGGACCGCCAGAAUCGUCACCCCUGAUGUCACCCUUCACUUACAAAGUCACAGACCUGUUGCACUUCGGUAGGGUCCCCAACAGCUUACUCUCCUCUCUCCUUAGUUUAGAAAACCAGGAUUCAAGCCCUAAGUAAUACAUGUGCACACAUGCAGGACUUUUGUUUACUCCAGAUUCGGCCUUUAUUUUGAGUAGUAUGUUUCAAAUAGUGUAAGAAGAUCCCUUAUUUCAAUUUUUAAACCAUUUCUUCAAAUUCCUAAUAUAUUUACACAAGGAAAACAAAAAUUGAAACCAAAGGCUCUUUGACUUAUUUUUUUUAAGUGCCACUGAUAGAAACGGUUUCCUUGUGAAAGUACUGCUUGUUGUGAGGACAUUCGCCAAGUGCACAGGACGCUGAGCAGAGCCACAUCUCCUGCUGCUCUGCAGACCCUAACUGAAUGCUGAGUUGAGUGCAUUACUUUAUGUAGAGUCAUGCUGUACAUCCGUCUACUCACCUUUGAGCAAAAGUCACAAACACAGAGGGAAAACAGUGUGACAUACUUAAUCAUUUCACUUGGAAGUCCUGAAAACAUUUUUUAACCUUUUUAAAAAUAAGUAUUAAACUGUGACCACUGUCAUUUCCCUGGCUCUCGAAAUACACACUUCUCUCUUCUUUGUAUUUAUUUAAUUUUUGUUAGCUUGAGCCCAAUGCUAGAACUAGGCAUCCAGUCUAGUGUGAAUUUUAUAGGUAUAUCUUGCAUGGGUUCCUCAAAAUUAAACCAAGAAUUUGCCUCAGUUUUCAAUUCUGUUGAAGUUUCAGUGGCCUGAGCUGGGUACUUGUGUUUUUGCCUGCGUGUUUAAUAGUGACUAGAGUUCCAUACAAAGCUUCAAAAUUUGAUGUUGGCUCAAAGAGCUUUUCUUUUUCCUCUUUCCUUUUUUCCUCUUCCUUUCUGUUAACAAAGAGUUGAAAUUACCAUCUGUGGAGUAUUAGUAGCUAUAAUGUCUAUGUUAUUUGGCCCCGCUUGAAUUAGUUUAAAGUGCUAACCACAGCUGUGACCUCAGUUAAGGAUCAAGGCAGUGUGGUGUGGGUGUGGAAAGCUUUAGAGCUCCUGAAAGAUGAGCCACUGUCAGACUGUGGUUGUAUGCUGUGUCAUCUCCAUCAUAUGAACUAGGUGAAUGUGGGCUUCACCUUGAGAAGUUAGUCUGUGGCUCACUAAAGCACCUGUGCUAUGUCUGAUGUUCUGUGCCGAGUAGACACUGUAUUUGGAAGCCUUCUGCAGUGCUGGUGGUCUCAUGAUGACUCAUGACAGAAUGCACAUAUAUGAUCUGUUUAAAAAGAGUGGGUUGGCAGAGCUGAUACUGUCGGAGCUUGAAAACCAGAGGCAUGAGUAUAUUCAAGUUGGCAAAAGGGUGAUGUCCUUGUAUAGCAAAAUGGAAUAUAAAAGAGCCCUCUAGAGUAUAAAGGCAUGGCCUUCAGCUGAAAUCGCUUCCUUUCUGGCUGUGCAUGGUUUAGAACUGCUGACAGGUUUGGGACUCCUCAGCUUCCCAAAAGAACUUAAGAGAGAAGGCUAGUGUUUCUACCCACCUCAACUCCACAGCCUUUUCUAGAGACCUGAUGGUGCCAGUUUACCAGGUUUGACCAGCCAGACACUUCUCUCCUGCACUUGGCCCAGUCGCCUUGCUUCAUUUGGGCUCUUACAUGAGGAAUCCAGGUAUCUGUUACUUUCAUAUCAUAACCAGAACUGGGUUAGUCUUCAUCUGCCUUCUGCUCAGAAGAUUCUGUCAGUUUGCUAGUAAAUGGCAGCAUGGCAUCCAGUGUUUUCAUUCUUUGCAAAAUAAUAGCACAACUCCAAGAGGUGAGAGUAGAUUGACAUUAUUAUCUCAUGAAGCAGCCUGGGUUCCUCGGAGCUUUGUGUUGCCAACUAUGCUCAUUUCUCUUUGUUGUCAGAGUAGGGAGGUGCAUUUGGAAUAUAUAGAGAAGGGCUUGACUAUGGCACUCAAAGAAACACACAUUAACGUUAUUAUCCUAGAUAUUAUUGCAAACUAACAUUCUGGCUAAUGCUAUCAAACAGCUUUAGACUGCAGUCAGUUGUCUAUGUUUUCCUCUAUUUCCGUAUUCUCCCAGUUGCAUGAAGGGUGAUUAGACAUUGUCCCACUCCCCUUUUAAACAUUUGUUGUUUGGGUCCCUAUAAACAAAAAUGCUGUGUAUUUUUAAGCACAUCUCCUCCUCAUCCUGGCUCCCCACCAUGUACCCAGAUCUUGAUUGUGUGGCAGCCUUCUUACUGUGUUUUCCUUUGGGCUGAUCAUCUUGCAUAGAGCUACAGACUGUAGAGUCACUCACCAAAUACUCAAAAAUGACAUUAAGAUGGGUUUUCCUGUAUCAUAAAGUUAAAGACUGACGUUUGAUAUUAAAGCAGUGAAAAGGAAACGAGAAAUUGUAGAAUUAAUAUUUGAACUAUUACUAGCUACAUCUAGCACAUGAAAAAGAUUUAGGAAAUACCACCCUAGCUAGAAAAAGAUUUAAGAAAUACCAGCCUAGCUAGACGUCACAUCUUCAAUCCCAGCACUUGAGAGGCAAAGGCAGGUGGAUCUCUGUUCAAGGCCAGCAUGGUCUACAGAGUUACUCCAGGACAGCCAGGGCACACAGAGAAACCCUGUCUCACAAAAAAAAAAAAAAAAAAAAAAAAAAAACAUAAAAAGUGAGGCCUCUUUAGCCAACGUAUGCGUUCUACAGUUAAUGGACAAUUACAUUUUUCUUGCUAAAAAAGCCUUAUCUAUGGCAGAAACUUUUUAACCUUUUUUAUUCCAGCAGUGAAACAUGAAUUCAUUUGUUAGUAUUUGAAGUGUAUCAGUGAGUGGGCAUGUCUGUUUCAUACCUGGUAAGUGUGUUUUAUGGGGGUGUAUUUUAUAAGUAAUCCUGUCACACACUGUGGAGCUGCUGGAACCACUCAGGUCCAGUUUCUCCCAUGUAAAGUUCUUCAGCCUCCAGAUCUUCUGAUUUGAAGGAGGGUUUCCAAACCUGUGAACUUGGGUGGGGAUUCACAGUAUGUGAUACCAUGUAGAGUUUAAGUGGUAUGGAAGUUUUUUAAUAAUUUUACAGUAUAUACUAUGAUAUGUGAAACUUAAAGCCUCUAGGAAGCUGAAGAUUUUAUAUCCUGUAUAAGAUGCAGUAUGGUCAGGGCAUGGCCAGUUUUAUACUUCCACCAGAGUUCUGCAAAAUUGAGAUAGAAGUCACACCAUAGAGAUAGUUUUGACCCUUCAUUCUUUCGCCCUCUCUUCUGCUAUACUCUUCCUCUCUCCUCAACCUUCCACCAGCCCUUCAGAGUUGUUUUUUCUCAUUCUCCAGAAUUCUUUUGUUGGUCUUUCUCAGGUGGCCCUGAAAUCCCCUUUGUUAGCUCAGAUUUGGUUAUGUGACAUCUGAACCUCUCCCAUUGGCCAGCAAGGAAAACUAGAAGAUGCCACAGUAAAAGAAAGGAAGGAACUGAAAUUUUUGAAGUAACAUAGACCUAAAUUAGGGUGACCUUGCUGUAUAGUAAGUGUAUUCACUACACAAAACACUAAACUCCUCAUGUGUGUGUGUGUCUGUGUGUGCGUGUGUCUAUGUGUGUGCUAAUACCUGCUUCUGCUUCCCUCCCAGUGUUUUAAACUCAUCGUAUCUUCGUGGUAGUAAUAUUUGUCUUUGAUAUCUACAAAACUAAAAAGGUACUUUGACAAGGUCUCUCAAAAACUUACAAAACCAGCUUUGAGGAAAUCUAGACUGUUCCUGGCAUUUGGAGCAUUUGGAGUUGUGAUUGUAUUUUCCUACUGUGAUGUCGUUCUGUGUAAAUAACCAAUGUAGCGGCCCUUUGGUUUGUUGUUAGUGUUCUUUUUGUUUUCAGUCUCUGUGUGACCCACCAGUGGCAGGGGUUCCAGCCACACCUUGUUCUUUUUUUUUUUUUUUUUUUUUUGCAUUUGUCCAUCUGUAGGCUUGUCAGACAGAAUACAAGAUGCCCAGUUAGAUUUGAAUUUCAGGCAGGUUUUUUUUUUUAGCUCAAGCAUAUUUCAUGCAAUAUUUGACAUAUCUGUGCAUUUUUUAAAUGUUCAUUAACUUACCUGAAAUUCAGAUUUUGACUGAUGACCCCGAUUUUUGUUUUACUCGUAGUUUUCUAAGUCUGGUAGCCCCAGCAGUUUGAUCACAAAAGGAUGCUAACUGCAUGCAAGUCCUCCGUCUUUAGAGCUUUCACCUGGAAUGAAACUGUUUUUCUUUCCUUCUUGCCUUCUACCUAUUUCUGAAAGGGGGCAUCAAGGAAUUCACCCAGCCUACGUGGUGGGUUUCUGUUGAACAUCUCUGUGAUUAUAUUUAACCUGUAAUUGUGCUUUGGCUUAAUGUCUAACUCACAGUACUUGUAACAGAUUAAUAUUCAAUAAAAAAAAAAAACAUUUUAAAGUA